AUGGCAUUUUGGAGCCCCGGGGCGGGGAAUCUCCGCCCGCUGCCGCCAGCCUCAUGCAGCAGAGAGCGUUUGCUAGGUGGCGCUCUCAUCCCCGAUGCGGACAUAAGACCGCCGUUGGCAUGGCGCCAGACCCCCCAUGCCCUAGCUACUGUCGCCCUUGCCGGGCCUUUGGCGGUUUCAUGGGCCUCUGCCGGGGCCAAACACCGGCGCCCACUGAGCCGCCGAAAGUGCGCUGCUACAGAGGAGGCGCACCGUCAGAGGACCCUUCGAGGCCAGAUAGCUCUUCUGGGCUGCGGCUUCUUGACGUGGGCGCUCUGCGGUGUUGCAAACGAAGGCGUUGGCCUUCUGCUUCCCCAGCUGAUGCGGGAUUUCCCCAUCAGCCCGGGCCAAUCUGGCCUUGUCGCCACCAGUUUCACAGUGGGCAACGCCCUGGGGCUGGCAUUCGGCGGGCUGCUCGCAGAGCGACAGGGCCGCCGUGACUUGGCACGCUUGGGGCUGCUUGCGGUCGCCGUGGCGGCUAGCCUCAUCCUCGGCGCAACAAGUUUUUCCUUUCUCCUUGCUGCCCGCGCACUUCUGGGUGUUGGUGCCGGGCUCCUGGCUGUGGCCGUGCCUGCGCUGCUGACCGAGAGCCUACCUCGCGAGAAUCUCGAGGCCAACCUCUCGGCCUAUCCUUGCGGCUGGCCCUUGGGGGCGGUGGUCGCCAUCCUACUAGCCGGACUGGCCUGGCGUCAAUCCCUCGCGCUGCCAUUGGGCUUCUGCGUGCUGCUUCUGCCACUACUGCUGUGGCUGCCCGAGUCGCCGCAGUAUCUGCAACUGAAGGGGCGCGUGGAGGAUGCACGGGAGGCCCGCCGGAAGCUCAGCGGACGCUCUGAGGCCACGGAGGAGCAGUCUGGGACCGCCAAAGAGUCUUGUGGCAAUGUCAGCUUCGUCAGGAUGGCUGCGACUCUAAUGUGCCGCCAUGCGGCCUCCGUUCUGGUAAAGAUUUGGCUCCCCGUUUGGCUCGCGAGCCAGGGUUCGGCGACCAGCGCCAUGCUUUUGAUGUACUCCUUGGAGGCCGUGGGGAUUUUUGUCACGAGCCGCGUCCUCGCGGGAGCGGACGAGGCAACUCCGCCCUACGGGGUCCCCAAUGACAAGGGGCGGCCGGACGAGAAGGGGGAGUAG